AUAAUUAUUAUAUUAUUCCUUAUAAGAAUUAUUAUUUUUACUAUUACAAUUAUUGUAAUAUUAUUAGCUACUUUUUUAUCAAAAAAAACUAUUAUUGAUCGAGAAAAGAGUUCUCCAUUUGAAUGUGGAUUUGAUCCUAUAAAUUAUUCUCGUUUACCUUUUUCUCUUCGAUUUUUUUUAAUUGCUAUUAUUUUUUUAAUUUUUGAUGUAGAAAUUGCUUUAAUUUUACCAAUAAUCCUUAUUAUUAAAUCAUCAAAUUUAUUAAAUUGAUCUAUUACUAGAUUAUUUUUUAUUUUUAUUUUAUUAAUUGGUUUAUAUCAUGAAUGAAAUCAAGGAGCUUUAGAAUGAAAUAACU